AUGACCAAAGAAAGGUUCCUAGAGGAGGUCAAGAAGAACCCAGAAGUGGUCUACGAGGUCAUAAAAGGGAUGCAUGAGCUCGAGAUCAAAGAAACGAAUCGCGCCCAGAAAGCUAUCCGCAUGCUUGAGAACGAUAUUGCCGAAUUGACCGCUGAGCGUAACGCUAUCGCGGUAAAAUGGGCCCUCUCUAGGGACCGAACUGACACCCCUGGUGGCCACCGAUCUACCAAAAUCCCUGACCCGCCAAUGCUUAACAACGGCGAAGACCCAACCUUCGAGAACUGGCAGUUAGCGAUCAACCAGAAGCUGACUGCUAACGGCGACCACUAUCCUACUGCUACGCUUCGUAUCGCUUAUGUGACUAGCCGCUGCGAAGGGGAUGCGCGUCGGCAUAUAACUCCGCGUCUCUCGACCCAAGGCUACCAUGAUUUCGGCGAGAUGCUGAGCCACCUGAAAAGCAUUUUCGUGAACCCGAAUAAGGCCCGUAACGCCCGCCGGAAGUUUAACUCCAUUAAAAUGUCUGCCUUCAAAGACUACCAUACCUUCGCCUCGGAGUUCCAAUAUCUUGCAGUU